CGAGUGAUGCUGACAGAUCAAGACCCUGCCAUGCCAAUUGCACUUGGCAGAGUAUUCCCAAACACAAUACAUCGAUUGUGUUUGUGGCAUGUGCAAAACAGGUAUAUGCCUCACUUGAAUGAAUUAUAUGCAAGAUUUGAGGACAUGGAUUUCAAAACAAGGUUCCAAUCUAUAAUACAUCAUCCAUUGAAUGAAAUGGAGUUCGAGGCUGCCUGGCAAAUGAUGCUUGAUGAUUUCCACCUACACGAGAACAACACCCUUGCCAGAUUAUAUGAAAUACGCAAAGAUUGGGUACCUGCAUUUUUUAAAGGAGAUUAUUGUGGUCUUAUGGUCUCUACACAACGAAGCGAGAGCAUGAACAAGUUGGUGAAGAGUGCCCACGUGGAUGCAAACACACCGCUUCAUCAAUUUGCAAAGCAAAUGAUGAAGCUCCUGCAUAGUAGGAAGAUGAAAGAGGCCAAAGAGGCACUAGGAUGCAUGGGUCAAAAGGAUACAACUACAUUGUAUAUGUUUGAAAUAAGAGUUGCAAGGGCAUACACUAGAGCUGUGAUGUCAAGGUUUCAGGAGACAGUAAAAUAUGCAACUGCAUACCGAAUAGACCGUGAUACAGAGGGUGAGGAACAUGAUUGGGUGGUGAAACAUACUACAAGAUCAAAUAAAAUUGUUUGGGGUCAACACCAAUUCAAGAUAAGGGCUGAUGUAGAUGCCGGAAAGUAUUCAUGUGAGUGCAAGCAUUGGGAGCAUACAGGUCUAUUUUGUGUUCAUCUUGUACGCGCUUUCAUGCAUCUACAAAUUGAAAGGAUCCCAAGUGAGUAUAUUUUGCAACGAUACACAUACUCCGCGCAUCAAGAUGUGGCUUUUUCAAGAGACGAUAGAAAUUUGAAAGGAAAAGAUGGAGAAACUAGAUCAUAUAGACAGAAGAUGUUGCUUAAAAAAGCAAUGAAAGUAGUACACCAUGCGAGUAUGUCUAAAGCUGGGAAUGAUAAAGCCCUAGAGAUGAUGGACGAAUUAUUAGGGUUAUUGAUGCGUGUGGAGCCUGAUAUAGGUACUGGUGAGAGUUGUGGCACAAGUGUUUGCGAUGACAUCCAGGUCGAAGCGUAUGAAACAGAAGAAAUGGCUAUAGACAACUUAGGCAAAUUAGAUGAUGGGAACGAGGUAUGGAACAGAUCUUUAUAA